AGAACGCAUCCCCCUGCUCCACUCCCAAGCUGUGAGGGAUUCAGGGUAUCAGCGGUCGGUGUAAUGCAUAUCCCAAUAGAGAAUCGCCUUAUAAAAUCCAUUCCUCGGCAGGCCAGUUCUGUUUAAUGUUUGGCAGUGGGAUGCGAUCAUGCUAGGGGGAUGACGCGCACAUGCAGCACCACCUUCCCCUCCGCACCCCUGCGGAGGACAGCGCGAGUUGGGCCGAGGGCAGGCGCUAGCAGGCGCCGGUGAUUAUUUACGAGGAGGGAUGGAAGCGGUAUCGUUUUGUUCUCGCAUCUCACCAUGACUAAAAGGUCCAGACGACAUGGCCCGGCACCCAUGACCAAAAUUCGCCUCGACAACAUCAUCCUGACCAAGCAGAACCGAAACGACACAUGCAGACGACUGCUCAUCUUCGUCACCAUGACAACCGUGGCCAUCACUCUGGGACAAGGAUACACACAGUAUAAGGAGUAUGUGGACUAUCACAUCAGGAACACCAUGUACGGCACAAAGGCCCUCCUCAACACCGGGAACUGGACGUACGACGAGGAGGCCGCAUCAUCCUUCAGGGACGAGCUGGAAGAGGAGUGUCACAUCAAACGGGACAUCUCCCUCACCAAGAGCUCGGCCAAGGUGGGGAAGAAGAUCGUGUAUGACGUCGAACCUCAACACUACGUCACAUUGGCUGGACCAAUGUACGUGCUGCUGCCCGAAACGUCACCGUUCGAUGGGAAGUUCUACAACACAUGCGCAGUAGUGGGCAAUGGGGGUAUACUCAGGGAUAGCAGAUGCGGAGACGAGAUCGACACCGCUGACUUCGUCUUUCGCUGUAAUCUCGCGCCGAUCUCGCGAUACCACGUGGACGUGGGGACCCGUACGAACUUCACUACCAUGAACCCUAGCGUUCUCAAGACGUACUACAACCGGGUCAACUCGGAAAACAGCAGGAAAAGAUUCAUCAACCGACUGGAGGAGAUAGGGGACGGUUUUCUGUGGAUCCCCGCCUUCGUGUCGAAAAUGGGAGAGCGGGAAGUGAACUUGUUAAAUUCCAUUCUCAUGGGAGAGAGGUUAAACGGACUGCCAUUGCAGCCAUUGUAUCCGACAAAGGAGGUCACCAGGGCAAUCUUCAAGUUCUGGAACACUCGCAAGCUGGAAGUGCCUCGCCUCACGACUGGCCUAUGCAUGUACACCAUCGCAGCCUCUGUAUGCCGCCAGGUGGCGCUCUACGGUUUCUACCCCUCCAACCACGACAGAGAGGGCAACCGCCUGCCUUACCACUAUUACGAGAGGAGGAGCCGCUACAACUUUGAACAAGGGCCACACAAGAUGUACAACGAGUAUAAAGCACUGAAGUCGCUACAUGACAAGGGGGUCGUUAGAUUGCGAGAACGUUGCAAGCCUCUCCCUUCCUACGUCUAUGCAAUGCGAAAUAACCCCCGAUACAGAGAUCAGAGUGGUCGGUAGACCAGGGGAAAAGUGACUACAGAAAAUUCGCCCGAUGAUAACACAGUACA